GUGGUGCAUGAUGAUUCAUUUGUCAACUGUGGCUGCUGGGAUUGGAUCCGAGGUCUAGGACUCCACGGCCACAACGUGAAAUUCUUCCAGCAAAACUUAAGCCGCACUUUAAUAAUUUCUUGUCGAUGGCAACAUUUAUGUUCAGGCACAUGACAUCUUAUCCUUUCAUCACAAUUAAUAACAAGAGAACUUAUUGCAACUGUCCCAGUAAACUCAUCUAGAUCUAGUUAAACCACCUAUCAAUCAGAUCAAGAACACAAUACCAAGAAGAUAUGGGAGAAGAAGAAUCGUCAUCAGUGAAGUUAAUUGGUGCUUGGCCUAGUGCUUACAGCUACAGAGUCAUUUGGGCAUUAGAAUUAAAAGGUAUAAAGUAUGAAUACAUUAAUGAAAAUCUCAUGAACAAAAGUGAAGUGCUAUUGAGAUACAACCCGAUUCAUAAAAAGGUACCAGUUCUUGUUCAUGGAGGAAAAUCCAUUUUAGAUUCCAUGAUUAUCCUUGAAUACAUCGACAAAACAUGGCCGGAGAAGUACUCAUUACUACCUAAAGAUGCUUAUGAAAAAUCUGUCGCUCGGUUUUGGAUUAAGUUCAUGGAAGAAAAGGCUACAUCAAGCCUUGCAAAUUUUUUUAUGAGAUCCGGAGAAGAACAUGAGAAGGCAGUAAAAGAACUUGUGGAAAUUAUAGAAACCGCAGAAGAACAUAGUGGAAUUGGAGAUAAUGGAAAGAAGUUUUUUGGUGGUGAUAAUAUAAAUGCAGUUGAUUUGGCAUUUUCAUCUUUGGCUCAUUGGUUGGGAGCUGUUGAAGAAGUAGUGGGAGUUAAAGUUCUUGAAGCAAAUAAGUUUCCUAAGUUUCAUGGAUGGACUGAGAGAUUUAAACAAGUUCCGGUGAUCAAAGAUAAUCUCCCGGACUAUAACGAAUUGGUGAGUUUUUUCAAAGGUGUAAAAGAGCAGCUGACUGACACCACCACCUAAAUGAGUAGUUAUCUUUCUCAAAUAUCAGUAUUUUGGGCUUUAUUUUUAUUUGCUCUUUUUUUUGAAUGAUUUUUCUGGGACCAUGAUUUUUUUGGGACCAUGGUUUUAUUUUGGGUAAAGACAUUAGAAUUAAUUCUAAUUAUUUGUUUAAUACUUAA